UACCUCUAGGGGGACCAUGGCCAGUGCAGAGUUCCCUCUGCUCACAACCCUAGUCCCCAGCCCGGAUCCUGGUGACAGUGAGGUGGAGCUGAACUGCCAGUUUGAUGAGGAGUUCAAGUUCGUUCUGCUGCCUGUGAGCUAUACAGUUGUCUUUGUGUUGGGCCUAGGUCUCAAUGCCCUGGCCCUCUGGCUCUUCCUCUUUCGCCUCCGACCAUGGGAUGCAACGGUCACCUACAUGUUCCACUUGGCCUUAUCAGACACUUUGUAUGUGCUGUCACUACCCACCCUCGUCUACUAUUAUGCAGCCCACAACCACAGGCCCUUUGGUACUGGGCUCUGCAAGUUCAUCCGCUUUCUCUUCUAUUGGAAUCUCUACUGCAGUGUCCUUUUCCUCACCUGCAUCAGUGUGCACCGCUACCUGGGCAUCUGCCACCCACUGCGGGCACUCCGCUGGGGCCAGCCUCACUUCGCAGGCCUUCUCUGCCUGGCAGUUUGGUUGGUUGUAGCCGGCUGCCUUGUGCCCAACCUGCUGUUUGUCACAACCAGCCCCAAGGGGGACACCAUCCUGUGUCAUGACACCACUCGGCCUGAGGAGUUUGACCACUAUGUGCACUUCAGUUCAGCAAUCAUGGGGCUUCUCUUUGUGCCCUGCCUGGUCACUCUUGUCUGCUAUGGGCUCAUGGCCAGGCGCCUGUAUUGGCCCUUGCCAGGGACUGCCCAGUCAUCUUCUCGUCUGCGCUCUCUCUGCACCAUCGCUGUGGUGCUGACCGUCUUUGCUGUCUGCUUUGUACCUUUCUACAUCACCCGCACUAUUUAUUACAUGUUAAGGCUGUUGGAAGCUGACUGCCACGUGCUGAACAUUGUCAAUGUGGUCUACAAAGUGACUCGGCCUCUGGCCAGUGCUAACAGCUGCCUGGAUCCUGUGCUCUACCUGCUCACUGGGGACAAGUAUCGCCAUCAACUCCAGCACUUCUGCAGUAGUGGUGGGCCCCAGCCCCGCAUGCCUGCCUCCUCCCUGGUGCUGGUGUCCCUACCUGAGGAUAACAGCUGCAGGUGGACAUCCACCCACUGGGACAGUGGCUUCCCUGCCUCUGGGGCAAAUAGACUGUAA